AUUAUAAAGUCUGUUUGCCCUAAUGUAAUGUGUAUAUCUAUAUAAACUUAAUCCACCGUAUAUGUAUAACCAUCUACGUUACAUGUGUGGCUUCAUUACAUUUAUAUGUAUGUGUAAUAUUUUCUGUCAUCUAACCUACAGACUUCUUUUUCAAAGCAUUUUAUUUCAUAAAAUAUUUUGUAAUAAUUAUUUAUCAUUAUAAAAUACUAAUAAAAAGGCAAUAACAAAUAUUUUCAAAUAAAAUUAAUUAUCGUAAUAUUAUUUAUAAUUAUAUUUUAUUUUAUUUAAAAUCGAUAAACAUCUGCAAGAAGCGCAAGCGUUGGUUUGACGUUCUAUCGUCUAUCAACGUGCAACAAAAGACUUAACAUCUUCAUAGUUCAUAUGAUUUAAUUUUAAUAUAUUAUUGUUUAUCUUCAAAAAUCAUAUUAAUAUAAUUAUCAUUAUUUUUUUCAAUAUCAUCGUUAAAUGGCUUGUAAAAAUCGCUCCAAAGUAUAUUUAGGCUUUGAGGACGAAUUUAUCACUGAAAAACAUCGAUCUCUUGUCAAUUUUGCUACUAAUAAACUUGGUGGAAUCCCAGAUUCACAUAAUGAUACACCGUUAGUAUCACCUGUAUGUAAAUUAUGUGGACUGAAUCAGAUUUUAGCCCUACAAUUAUAUGUUCCACUAGAGAAUUCAAAGUAUCAUCGAACUUUAUACAUAUUUACUUGUAUAAAUCCUAAUUGCUGGAAUCAAAAUGAAAGUUGGACUUGCCUCAGAAUUCAAUCUUCAGAAGAGAAAACGAUUAAUGAAAGAACAGCCACUCAAACUGAAAUUCCAUCGACUACUAGUUGGUUGUCAUCAGCGGAUGAUUGGGGAGAUGAAGGAAAUGAUAAUGCUAGUGAAAAAAAUGGCAACGUUCUGAAAAAUGAGCCUAGUAAAAAAUUAAACUUGUUUAUGAAAUCAACAGAUUUAGAUGACGAAUUACGUGAAGAUUUAUCGAAUCUUUGUGUUAAUGAUCCCAAUGCCAAUAGUCCUGCUAGUAUUGAAUCUCCUGGAAGUGGUGGAGCAGUUGGUAGGCUUGAUUCUCCCCAAGCAUCUGCGGAAAUUGAGGGUGAAGAAAGCGAAGUUGUUUGUAUUGAUACUCCGAUGCAACCUCAGUGUAAUUUAAUGGAAUUAUUGCAUGGAGUUACACCCCAUCCUUUUCAACAUUCUGAUGUUAAUUCCUCUUCAAACCUAGCCUUUGCAGAAGCAUUUAUUGGAGUAGAUGAAGAAGACUUAUGUGUAGAUAUUUCUCAGCAUGUUAGAGAUUUAUUUCUUGAAUAUCAACGAUGUAAUCCUGAUAACCAAGUUGAUACUAAUGCCAAAUCUAAUGAAACAAACGCAAUAGAUGAGAAAUAUGAAAAAAAUAUACCUAUACACGGUGAUGAAUCAUUUCAUAAUUUUAUUAGUCGAAUACAGCAGAACCCGGGACAGCUGUUGAGAUAUUGUCGAGAUAAUACAGCUCCAUUAGUUUUAUAUCCUCUCGCAUCAAUUGUAGGGCCUUGCAAAUACUGUGGAGCUGAAAGAAUUUUUGAAGUACAAGUUCUUCCUACAAUCAUACCCAAGUUGAAACUCCAACCAUGUAGAGAACAAAAUUUCGAGAUUGAGUUUGGAACGGUGCUAAUUUAUACAUGCCUAGUAAGCUGUUGGUCAUCUACUGAUUCUUUCAAAGAGGAAUAUGUGAUUGUUCAAGCUGAGCGUUUAUAGUAAGAAUAAUUUUAAAUAAAAUGAAAAAUGAGAAAAAAAAAAUAUAUCGAAAUUUAGUCAAUAUAUGUAACAUUAUUUUUGAACUAUUUCGUAUCCGUCCGCUGAGAAACAGAAUAUGGCUCAUUUAUUUCAAUUAAUUCAGUAUAUCAAUUAAUACUAUUUUAAUCAAUUAGGCUUUUAGAAGAUCUAUUUUGUUGUUUUUUAUAACUUAAUAAAUCGUCUUUCAUGAAUGACUUUUAUAGUUAUUCUAAACUUUACAGAUAAAACACAUAUUAAGCUGAAAAAAAUAUUUCUUUU